UCUCCAAAUAAGGAUCGAGUGACUUCAGUAAAUUAGAAGUACACAUUUUUUGGGUCAGUCAAUUGAAGAUAACUUUGUUUUUUACAGUUCAGUCUCAGCUACACUGGAUCAACGAAUUAUUCCAGUCAUAUUUAAUGCAAUUUCCGACGGUUUCUUAACACAACACAACGCACCUCCCAAACAAGGAGUAGUCGUUUCCAUAGAGACAUGGCUGUCUGUGCUGCAACGAUGUCACAGCUGUCUGCUGAUGAAGAGGUGCAAUUACAAACACUCCUCAUGAAGCUUCUGAGAAGCAUCAGUGACAAGAUCUCUGGAGCACCAUCCACUAAAUACGCUGAAGAGAUUCUCCUCCACUUGGAGGAGACCGAUAAGAAUUUCCACAACUACGAGUUCGUCAGAUACCUCUGUCAGCAUGUGGAUGGCUCUCUCGGGACAGUGGUGGACGAUGAAAUACAGAACCUGACCAGAGGAGGACAUCAUGCAGUUGGAUCAGGACAUGACACCUUAAUUCAUGUUGUGACUCGAAGAACAAGAGACUCCGCUCAGUACCAUCAGAUGAUCCAAACAUUGAAAAACACCAUGAUGGUGGUUGUAGAGUCGCUGAUCAACAAAUUCGAGGAGAACCAGCUGGGAAAGGAGGAGAUGUACACAGUGAUGGAACACCGUCAGUCUAACAGCCAAUACGCUGAUAACUGCUCAGACAGCGACUCUUCCUUCAACCAGAGUUAUGCAUUCAUCAGACAGGAGCAGCUGCAGGUGCUGGCUGAAAAACUUGACUCCAGCAGGCCAAAAGAGGUGCGCCGUGAGGCUCUGCAGGCUCUCUGCUGUGCUCCUCCGCCUGAUGUGCUGAGCUGUGAGAGCUGGAGCACUAUGCGUAGGAACCUCUGCGCAGCUCUUACUGAACCCGAACUCAGUGAGAAUGUGCUGCAGUUUUUUGCUAAAAGCUUCUCUUUAUCUCCGCUGAGCGUGACCCGUGAGAUCUACACCAGUUUGGCAAAGAGUGUGGAAUCAGGUUUCUUGUCCCAGAGGCUGAGCUUCCCUACUGGAUCAGCUACUGUUGACAUCAACAGUCCUCAGAUAAGUCUUCUUCUCAAACAGAUUCGACUGAUGAAUGACUUUCAGAAGGAGGUGACUACCUUCUGGAUCCGUCACCCAGAGAAAUAUAUGGAGGAGAUUAUAGAAAGCACAUUCUCCCUUUUGUCCUUCCAUCAUCAACAUGGCUUAACUGGAACAGAGAAAACCCUGGAACCGGUCUACUUGUUCUCAUUACUGGAUAUUAAGGCCACCUGGUUUAAAAAAUGGAUGCAUGGCUACUACAGCAGGACAGUGGUCCUCAGGCUCCUGCAGAAAAAAUACAAGACUCUGAUUGUAGCGGCUCUUCAGCAGUGUUUGCAUUACAGUGAGUCUUUUGAACGUGGUACAAGUGAGUCCACUGAUUCUCACGUGGAGGAGCCGAAUGACCCUGGUUUGCCACAGACAAGCGUUUAUACCAGAAAGGAGCUUGAAUAUGCGUUCUUUGUCCACUCUUUGUGUGUUUUGGGUAAACUCAUCAUCUACACCAAUGGACGGAAACUAUUUCCCAUCAAAAUAAGGAAGCACAAAGAUCCAAUCACUCUGACAGACCUGAUUGUCAUCCUGAUUAACAUCAUGUGUCGACACCCUCACCCUUUGAGCAGCGACACCUCACUGACAGAUGUGUCACAUGCGCUCCAACACGUCGAAGGCUCCCUGUCGCCCAGCUGUCUGGUGAUGGAGGUGCUGCGGAUGUUAUGUGAACAAACAGAAUGUGCUGCUGAUUGUCUUUACCAGACUCCUGUCAUUGAGGCUCUGCUUGCACCUGUUGCUGUCCUCAGUGCACAACAGACUACGAUGGGGAAGCCUGCAGCAACACAGAUCCUCAUUGCUGAUAUUCUAGCCCGCAUCGCAAACACUGACAGGGGAUUAGCGCUUUUCCUAUUUGAGAAGAAUCUUGUUGGCCAUGGUGAAAGAACCUUUGCAGCUCACAUCAUCGUACAAUUCACCCUGAGGCUGCUGAAUGAAGCCAUGCCAUCACUGAGUGAAUCAGAUGUGUCUCAUACAUUAUGUGGAGCUUUCAUCUUUGUCUGUCAGCAGAUGUACAACACCUGUGAGGGUCUGCAGGUGCUCCAAACAUAUGGUCUGCACAAAGCCAUUGCUGCUGCAUGGAAAAAGACAAGUUCUCUAUCAGAAAGGAUCCCAACCCCAGUUUCGGGAGCCUGCACUGCAAGAUCCACCCAAGAAACGGCAAACAUGCUUGUCUGGGAGGAGACUUUGUUGGGCAGUCUGCUGAACUUUGCUGCAACCCCUAAAGGCCUUUUGCUGCUACAGCAGACCGGGGCCAUCAAUGAAUGCAUCUCCUACAUGUUCUCUCGCUUCACCAAAAAACCACAGGUGAGUCGCUGCGAGAAGUUUGGAUACGGAGUAAUGGUGACACAGGUAGCAGUGACUGCUCCAGGGGUUGCAGCUCUGCACAGUUCGGGUUUUGUCAGAUCGCUGGUUGUAGAGCUUUGGUCGUCUCUCGAAUGUGGAAGUGACGAUGCCAGAGUUGUCCAUCCCAGACCAACCCCCAUGGACCCCAUAGACAGAAGUUGCUUCAAGUCCUUCCUGUCCUUGGUCAACCUCCUGUCCUCUUCCCUCUCCGUGUGGGAGCUUCUGGGCCGACAGUCUUUAGCUAACAAGAGCGAAUACACCCUGAGAGAGAUGCCAACUUCCAUACCUGAUUUGAUUGACAGACUUAUUGCUGUGAAUUCAGAUGUGAAGAUCCAUUCGCUGUUCCACUACGAGCAGUCUCACACGUUUGGCCUAAGACUGCUCAGUGUGCUCUGCUGCUGCUUGGACUCCUUCCUGCUGCUGGAGAGCCAAUAUCACAUCUGCUCCAUGCUGCUACAGAGUCAGAGGGAAAACAUUGCUGACCAAGACACCACAGAGGGGGCAAUCAUCAUUGACAGUCUGUCCGUGGAAAGGAAUCACAUGUUGGUUCGUGUCAAUGUGGUGGGAGGUCCAUCUGAGAGAAGGCUUCCCUCUCGAGCCCUAGAAGAGGGAGAACAUCCUUACUCUUGGACGAUGUUUUUAAGCCACCCUCCACCCCCCUGCUACGUUCUAAACCUACAAGAUUUCCAAAACGACUCACAAGGGGGAAUAUCCUUUUCUGUAUUCACAGAUUGUGAGAUUAGUUCAUUUCUGGCACCAUGGAAAGAACCAAAGAGUGAGGAGAGCUGGUUAGAGUUCUGCCGAAGACAUUUCUGCAAAGACAUAAAAUCAAAACCCAACACUUUAAGUGGGAAACUGCUGGCUGACCUUCUGGAGAACGUUGUGGCCCAUUUAUCCAACUCCGCCUCAGAAUGCUUCUUCUCUCCGGCUGAGUACAAAGUGGAGAAAGGUGUGAAGGAUGUUGUGUUGUCAUCUGUGGAGCAGCUGGGAAUCAACACGUGUUUCAGGUAUGGCUGCUACCUCCAGAUACUACAGGAAGAUGCCAUGAGUGACUUGGAGCUGCUAAUGAAACACGUAAAGGCCUUCCUGUCAACACAAAGGAUUAACGCAUCAUCAGAUCUUAUCAGUCAGCAGGAUGAGUAUCCAGGCCAUGACUGGCUGGCCUCCACAGUUUUCCUCAUCAUGGCAGGAAACAUGGAGCGGUCUCUGCAUCUGCUACUAAACCUGUCCUCUCAGCUUUCCUCUGCGUUCAUCUGGCCUGCAAGGAUACAUGCUUCGGUCCAUCUUCCUCAGGAAGUAGCUGAAUCAAGAAUCCCUCCCGUCUACUGGUGCACGGCUCAUUAUGUGGAGAUGCUGCUGAAAGCUGAAGUCCCUCUGGUCCAUUCUGCUUUCAGGAUGUGUGGGUUUACUCCUUCACAGAUGUGCCUCCACUGGCUUACUCAGUGUUUUUGGAAUUAUCUGGACUGGACCGAAAUCUGCCAGUACAUCUGCACCUGUGUGGUGAUGGGUCCAGACUACCAAGUUUACCUGUGUCUGGCUAUAUUCAAACACCUGCAGCCUGAGAUCCUGGAGUGCACACAGUCCCAGGAACUGCAGGUCUUCCUCAAGGAGGAGCCAAUUGCAGGCUUCAAAUUCAGCAACUACCUGGAGUUUAUGAUGGGACUGGAGCAAAGCUACAGGAAAAUGGUUCUGACCAACAUGGAGAACAUCAGAAAUCCUCAGGAGUAGAACAUUCAAACCCUGUUUGUUUUUACAAAAUAAUGGUUUUGGACCAACUUUCGUAUUGCUCCAACAUCACCACCAUGUCUCAUACCAUAAAGGAGAAGAUCAACAUAGUUAUGUGAAAUAUUUAUGUGCAACUAUGUUUUUAGUCUGAUAAAACUUCUCGGUGAGCUCGUACUCUUCAGGUGGAGGAGAGAACUUUAAAGUCAGGCGGAGGAUGGAAGGAAACAGAUUCACUGCAUAGCUUUGCAGAAUAAUCUGAAAUAACCUGCUGAUCCCAUUCUCCUAAGAAGAAGCAUGUUUCUCACAGAACAAACAGAAUCACUCCAGCAACAUUAUGUAAGAUCCAAAUGAUCAGCUUCAUUCCCCGCCCUGCUCCUACAGUUCUGCUGAUGGAUCAACCUGCUGCUGAAAAUACUCCACAGUACUAAUUUACGUCGCUGAGUACUAAAUGCUGUCUGAAAUGUAUAUUUCCCACUUAAUCACCUUUUAGUAAUUCUUGUACAUGAACCAAUUGACCUUUAUGCUGGACUGUGGAAAAAGUUGUAUAUACUAGGAACACUGUACGUGAGAACUUGGUAUUUAUGCCUACCGAGCAAAUAUAAAGCCCUCUUUGAGCUUUUGUAUGAAGAUAUUCUCGUUCUCAUUUAUUAAAAUAAAGUUUUCUUUCUUUUCAA